UGUUCCAUUGAAGAACAACCAGCAUGCUGCCAUACCUGUAAGGGGACGGGGAUCGCCACCGGGACGCGGUGGAGGAAGCUAGGAGCCGCUGGGGGGGCGCCCGGAAGAAGCCCAAAAUCGCUCAUUUUCUUCCUCACCACCAGUUUUCUCGCGGCCUGGGGGAAGUAGAAAGGAGGAGGAAAAGAGAUUGGAUCUCGCCGGUAUUUGCGUUCUCUUGCCGGAAUCUGACCAGAAUCUUGGCAGGGAAGAAGGAAGCAGUCCACCAUGAAGGCACUUAUUCUUGUUGGGGGAUUCGGUACCCGCCUGCGGCCUUUGACACUCAGUGUCCCAAAGCCACUUGUUGAUUUUGCCAACAAACCAAUGAUCCUGCAUCAGAUUGAAGCUUUGAAAGAUGUUGGAGUGACAGAAGUUUUUCUGGCCAUCAAUUAUCAACCAGAGGUGAUGCUUAACUUUUUGAAGGAUUUUGAGGAUAAGCUUGGCAUCAAAAUCACCUGCUCCCAAGAGACUGAGCCACUGGGAACGGCUGGUCCCCUGGCUCUAGCUAGGGACAAUCUUGUAGAUGGAUCUGGUGAGCCUUUCUUUGUUCUCAACAGUGAUGUCAUCAGCGAAUACCCAUUUUCUGAACUAAUCAAGUUCCACAAAGCCCAUGGUGGAGAGGCUACAAUUAUGGUAACCAAGGUCAAUGAACCAUCCAAGUAUGGGGUUGUGGUCAUGAAGGAGGAAACUGGAAAGGUAGAUAGAUUUGUAGAGAAGCCAAAAAUAUUUGUUGGCAACAAGAUCAAUGCUGGGAUUUACUUGUUGAACCCGUCUGUCAUGGACCGUAUUGAAUUGAGGCCCACCUCAAUUGAGAAGGAGGUUUUCCCCAGAAUUGCAGCAGAUGAAAAGCUUUAUGCCAUGGUCCUGCCAGGUUUUUGGAUGGACAUCGGACAGCCAAGGGACUACAUCACGGGCCUGAGGCUCUAUCUGGAUUCUCUGCGUAAGAAAUCUCCCUAUAAGCUAGCUGUCGGUCCCCAUAUAGCGGGGAAUGUGUUGGUGCAUGAGAGUGCUGUUAUUGGAGAGGGAUGCCUGAUUGGACCAGACGUGGCAAUAGGACCAGGUUGUGUGGUGGAAUCUGGAGUAAGGCUGUCGAGGUGCACUGUGAUGCAUGGAGUGCGCAUUAAGAAGCACGCAUGCAUCUCCAGUAGCAUCAUCGGAUGGCAUUCCACGGUUGGGCGGUGGUCUCGGGUUGAGAACAUGACCAUCCUUGGAGAGGAUGUGCAUGUAGGUGAUGAAGUAUACAGCAAUGGUGGUGUUGUUCUCCCUCACAAAGAGAUCAAAUCUAGCAUCCUGAAGCCUGAGAUUGUCAUGUGACAAUUUAACAUGAAUACACAGAGCAGCCGAGGAGAUGAUCGGAUCCUAUGGAUGUGUCUCGUUCCUGUUCUUUUUCCUUCCCUCUGCAAGUGUCAUCGGUGUGGCAUCAGUCGGUCUAUUAGGAUGGAUAUAUGUUUUAUUUUAGAGCUGGGUGAUGAAAGCGAGUUUUGGGCUAGGACUUUGGUUUGAGUCUGGAGAUAGAAAUAUGCUAUAUUAAACAUUGAAGUUUAGUGUUUUAUUUUGUCAUCAGAUGUUUGAUAUGUAUCGCUUGAUUUAUUGUUCUUUUACCUCUUCUUCAAGAAUAAAAACAUGGAGAAUAGUCAUUUUUC